AUGAACGUUCCUACAAGCACCCUGCAGAUGUUGGAUGCCGUCUAUCACGAGCUGCUGCUGAUGGUCUCUGCUGCUGAGGUGGAGGUGAAGGACACCCUGGCUAGACUCGUUGGAGGAAACAUCACUUUCCCCAUCUCAGUGAAGGAGAGUGGAUUUCUUUUAAAGGAAAGACAGAACAUUGCUAUGGUCAUUAGAGGAACAUUUGAGUUAGUGGAGAACAUUUACCAGAACCAGGUUGUCUGGGACAGAAACUCUGGUCUCUUUACCAUCACAACCCUGCAGAAAAAUAACUCUGGAAUUUAUACCAUUGAUAAUAAACACGGACAAGUUUCAGUUUUAUCCUAUCACCUGGCAGUGUACGACUCGCCUCCGACUCCUGUGGUGAAACGUCUGAAUGUCAGCUCCGACAGCUGCUGGCUGCUCUGCUCCGUGGACAAACCCAUUAAUCUGUCCUGGUACCGAGACCAGGAGCUACUGAACCAGAGCAGCUCGGAGCUCUCUUCAUUCAUUUUGGUGCACAGACAAGACCGAGGCUCCAAGUAUAAAUGUGUUGCUGCCAACCCUGCAGACAACCAGACUCAUCAUAUCGACCUGAGGGAAACCUGUAGGUUCACCGAGUCAGACGGAGAUAACCAAAUGAGACAAUACUGGCUUCCAAUUGGACUCGUCUCUGUGUUUAUUGCAUUUAUUGGACUCUGCGCCUGUUUUAUCAAGCAGAGAUAUAUUCAAAGCAAAAAGGGACACAGACAAACACAAGGUUCAGACGGGGAAGUCCAGUAUACGCCAAUUCAUAUAAGAACGGACAGACAGACUCAGGAAGAAAAUCUUCCAGAACCACCAGGUCCUGCUGACCAGUCCAGUCUAACAACAAUCUAUGCUAAAAUGGAACAUCAAAGAUCCCAGACAGAACCUGCAGCCAUUUAACUGGGAACAGGACAUUUCAGAGUUGAACGAGCUGCUGACUGUAUA